UUAUUAAUAUGAUUAACAGAUGUCAGACCCUCUAAAUGUAUAAUAUUUCACACCAGUGCCAAUUUCACAGAAGGGUUUUAUCCAAUAAUUUCCUUUCAAGGUUUUUAUUUAUUUUUAUGGUUGAAUUAUUGUAACAAAUAUUUGUAUGUGUUUAUUGCAUCCACUCUGAUUUUAUUUGUAAUGUCCAUCAGAUCAGCUCAUUAAUUUAAAUGUGUUAAAUGCUUAUCAGUAUGUGGUAUAUAUGGUAUAUAUAUAAUGACCUGUUUUAUGUCAUUUUAUGAACAGAGAAUUAUGUCAUUGACUAGACUUGUUUAUAAUAAAAACCACAAAAAUUGCAAAUUUCACGUCGAGUUUUAUUUAAAAGACGCUAAAUUUGUGACAUUAACAACAAAACUUACUAAUGUUGUGAGUUAAUGUUGUGGCUAGUUGUGACAGUUUGUUUUUGCAGCCUCUCAUUGGUCCUCUCGUCUGUUGAUCAAAGAAUCGAGCGCGCGCUUCUGUCCCGGGCGCGCGCAGUGACAGCUGUCAUCGGGCGCGCGCGGCGGAGCGGGUGCACAACAGGAGCAAAAACAUCAAAUAUCUUCGCUUACGUAUAAUGGCCGCUGGCUCGAGCUCCAUGAGGAUUCUCAUUAAAGGUGGGCGGGUCGUUAACGAUGAUGUCACUCAGGAGGCGGAUGUUUACAUCGAGAACGGGCUCAUCCAGCAGGUGGGGCGGGAUCUGAUGAUUCCGGGCGGAGCCAAAGUGAUUGACGCGUCCGGGAAGCUGGUGAUUCCAGGCGGCAUCGACUCCAGCGUACACCUGCAGCAGACCUUCAUGAACGCAAACACACAGGACGACUUCUACAGCGGCACCAAGGCGGCGCUGUUGGGCGGCUCCACGAUGGUGAUCGCUCACGUUCUGCCCGAGAGAGGCGCGUCGCUGCUGGAGGAGUUUGAGAAGAUGCGCGCUCACGCUAAUGCAGAAGCCUGCUGUGAUUACGCGCUGCACGUGGGCGUCACCUGGUGGGGACCGAAGGUGCGCAGGGAGAUGGAGCUGUUGGUGGGAGAGAGAGGAGUUAACUCCUUCCAGAUGUUCCUGGCGUAUAAAGAUGUGCUGAUGCUGAAGGACUCGGAGCUCUAUCAGGCGAUGCACAGCUGUAAGGAGAUCGGAGCCGUCGCUCGUGUACACGCUGAGAACGGAGAACUGGUGCACGAGGGGGCUAAAGAGGCAUUGGAUCUGGGCAUCAGUGGUCCGGAGGGGAUGGAGAUCAGUCGACCAGAAGAGUUGGAGGCAGAGGCCACACACCGAGCCAUAACCAUCGCAAACAGGGCUCACUGUCCAGUGUACUUGGUGAAUAUCUCCAGUGUGUCUGCUGCUGAUGUCAUUGCUGCUGCUCGGAUGCAGGGUAAGGUGGUUCACGCCGAGACCACGCUGGCUCAUUCAGCGCUGAGCGGCAUGCAUUACUAUCAUCAGGACUGGGCUCAUGCCGCCGCCCACGUCAUAGCUCCGCCCCUCCGGCUCGACCCCAACACCCCCGACUGCCUCAUGGGCCUGCUGGGCAAUGACAUCAUCAGCGUGGUGGCGUCGGAUCACCGUGCGUUCAGCACCAAGCAGAAGGCGAUGGGGAAGGAAGACUUCACCAAGAUCCCUCACGGAGCGGCCGGCGUGGAGGACCGCAUGAGCGUCAUCUGGGAGAGAGGAGUGGUCGCUGGUAAGAUGGAUGAGAAUCGUUUUGUGGCCGUGACAAGCUCGAAUGCAGCUAAGAUCUAUAAUCUGUACCCACGGAAGGGCCGCAUUGUCCCAGGAGCUGAUGCUGAUGUGGUGGUGUGGGACCCGGAUGCCAGCCGGACGAUCUCGGCAAGCUCUCAGGUUCAGGGCGGAGACUUUAACCUGUACGAGGGCCAGCGCUGUCACGGCGUCCCGCUGGUGACCAUCAGCCGCGGUCGUCUGGUGUGUGAGAACGGCGUGUUCACCUGCGCUCAGGGCUCUGGAAGGUUCUACCCCAUGCGAUCCUUCCCAGAUUUCCUCUACAAGAAGAUGGUCCAGAGAGAGAAGACCCAGAAGCUUCGCGGCGUGGAACGAGCGCCAUAUUCAGGCGACGUCGCCGCUGUGACCAACUCUAUCAGGAAGGAAUCCGCUGCUCCGGAGGGCGAUGUUCCCAUGCGGGCGUCCACGCGUCACACAGGCGUACGAGACCUGCACGAGUCCAGCUUCAGCCUGUCAGGAGCUCAAGUGGACGAUCACGUUCCUAAGAGAUCCUCGGCCAGAAUUCUGGCUCCACCUGGUGGACGUUCCAGUGGCAUCUGGUAACCGUGGAAACAGCAGAACCAUCUCCACGGCGACCGCAUCAUGUCCCCCUGUUAUUGAAACUAUUAAAUGUCGAGCUGUAAACGAAGAACUGGAUCGAAUCGCAGUCAGCGUCGCAUCCAAAGUGCCAAUCAAACUGUGCUGCAUUACCAUAAAACCACCCAAAAACCAUUAUAUACUCGCAUCUCCUUCUCC